AUGAUCUCUGAUAACGAAACGUGAGUUUUAUUUUCCCCUCUUCAUAAUUCAUGCAGUCUAUUCUAGGAAACGUCUCAAGCAACUAAUCAAAGUGGUUCGUUGAUUGGCCCAAUUGUUUCUACGGCUCUUUUCCAUUUCAGGACGUGAACCGGAAUGUCCCAUUGGAUAAGAUCAGCGUGUGGACGAGACACAUUGCCGACGAAGUCUUCCGGUCGAUUCCCGACGACGACGGAGACGUAGGUGGCUUCUCGAUUCUUCCAGAACCUCCCGCAUUCUUUUCAGAUCGACAUUGUCGUCACGGUCAAGUUCUCGGGAAGCUCGUAAGAAACCCUUGCAGAACUUGCGAGAUAACAAGGCUGAAGCAGUUACAGAGGAAUGCAAAAGUCUGUGAAAAAGAUCAUCAUGGAUACGCUGGAAGAGGAGCUUCUCAGAUGA